AUGUCUGAUUCUGAUGACCCAGUAGUAUCUGAGAUGGAUCUCUUUUUGUCAUCAGAUAUGUCAACAAAGAGUCUCAUCAUUCAGUUUCCACUUGUUAGUCGUAAAGAGGGCUGCCCAAAUAUCGAGCAAGUCUCAUUUAACUCUAAAAACAAAUCUUACAAGAUUAUGGUUGCUCCACCACAAGAUAUUUAUACAGGUAUGGAUCUAAAAUCACAUUACCUUCAAACAAAUAAAAUUUAUUCACCACAACCAUUUGCGUUAGGCGUUAUUCGCGACGGGCAAGUCCAUUUGACGCCAAUUACUUCUAUUUAUCAAGCAAGACCAUCUGAUUUAUUCGAAGAAGAAACAACAACGGCGAAAGACCAAGAACCAGAUUCCAAAGCAAUAGACUUUACAGAAGGAACCGAUAUUACCAAAUUUACAUCUAAAGCAGCGACAGAUGUCUCCUCGCAGAUGAGUGCCCUCACAUAUAAAGAUAAUUUGACUGGAAUGAGGUGUGACUUCUCCGCUGACCUUAUUGAGCAGAUUAGUGAGAAUACCCUUUCAUCCAGACCACCACGCGAGCAAUUAUAUUACGUCCUUUAUAAGAAUAGAACAAUUUUCUUUGAUGAUGUUGUUCAGAGCCUUAUAUUGACGGCAUACUCCGAGGAACUGCUUGAUGUCCUGUUUAAGUACGCAUAUUACGUUCAAAGUCGCUGGGUUAUUAAAUCUGAAGAAAUCAGGUCUACAGAGCUUCCUGUCAACUUACGUGCUGCAAGAAACUUUGCAAUUGUCAUCUUUUCAUAUAAGAAAUACUUGACUCCAGCAUUAAUCAAGAAAUUCCUAGCAUUAUUCAGUAUUCAAAGCUCAGACCUCAAAACAAUCUUCGACCGUCUUGCUACAAACACAAAGGACAAAGUUACAAACGAAAACAGAGUUGUUUUCAAGUAUACAGAAAAACCCGAAUUUGAGCAGCGCCAUAAAGAGGCUCACAAGAAAGGACUUAGGGAAAUUGAAAGACUGAAGGAAUCCCUCUGCCUUAUGAAACAAAAUCCAAAUCUUUUCGAUGAUUUUCUUGCUUAA